AUGAGCGACACCGUAAUGUUUACAUGCAACUCUUGCAUGAUCCAAUUUCAAUCAAGUGAUUUACAACGUCAUCACAUGAAGACGGAAUGGCAUCGUUAUAACUUGAAAAGAAGGGUUGCAGAGUUACCUCCAAUUAGUGCUAGCUUAUUCGCCGAAAAGUUACAGCUAUCCAGACGUGAACAAGAGCGCAAUCAAAUCGAUGAAUUCGGAUUCCCUUUAUUGAAACCUGUCAUUAAUAGCAGUGGUUAUAAGAAGAAGGGAAGAAGGCUUGGCAGAAGUAAACUGAAUACUCUUGACGAUCCAUAUCUUCAAAAUAGGUCACAAUCCCCUGCGUCUUCCAUUACUUCUCGUGUGUCAAGAGCUACUUUUAGAAGCACUGACUUAGAAGAGGACGAUUUUUUGCUGGAGCAUGGUUUCACGACUGAAGAUACUGCGUCUCAUUACUCUGAUUCAGAUUACACUUCAGAUAGUGAAACAGAAAGCAUCCAUACAGAUCCAGAAUCUUUCAAUCCUAAAGAGUGCAUCUACUGUGGCAAGAUAUCUAGGGAACUCGAAAUGAAUGUCAAGCAUAUGUUCAGUAAGCAUGGCCUUUAUAUUCCAGAACGCUCAUAUUUAGUAGAUUUGGAAGGUCUACUCAAAUAUCUUGCUGAUAUCAUAAUACAGAAUAAUGAAUGCUUAUGUUGCAGUUACCAGGGUUCCUCUAUCGAAAGUAUAAGAGCUCACAUGGAUGCUAAGCGCCAUUGUAUGCUACCGUAUGAAUCAAAGGCGGAAAGAGCCCUUGUGGCCCAAUUCUAUGAUUUUUCCUCCUUAGAAAAUGCAGAACCUGCUACAUCGGAAAAUGUGGAAGACAUUAUUUCAGAUUCUGAAGAAUCUAAAAGUAAUGACAGAGAUGAUUCUAUCAACUCCAAUUAUGCCUUAGUUCGUGUUGAUGACUCGGGAGUAGAGUUGCAGUUAGACAAUGGUAUAAAGGUUGGUCAUAGAUCCAUGCGUAGAUACUACAGACAAAACACUCCUCUUGGAAAUGAUAUUCCAGAUGAUAGAAAAACAGUUGUCGCAGCAGACAGACGUGUGUCCUCUCUUCUAGCUUCUAGACAUAUGACAAAAGCAGUAAAGCAAAUGAAACAACUAGAGAAACAACACGCAGAUAAAGCCCUUCAUUUGCGCAUAAAGAACAGUAAUAACCAGAAACACUUUAGAGAUGAAUUGUUACAAUAG